GUGAGUUCAGCUUCCCAUUGCACAAUUUGUAACUAAUUCUUAUGUUGAAAAACUCUCUCUCACACAUGUCUGGAGGAAGGCUUGUAGUUUGUGUCACAGCCCUUGUACUUCUCAUCCUUCAGCUACCUCAGAUUAAUUCAAAAGCUGUGUGUGAACCUUCUUCUUGUGGCAAUAUCCUUAACAUAACCCACCCUUUCCGAUUAAAAGGCGAUCCACCCUCUUGCGGUGAUACCAAGUAUGAGCUGGUUUGUGAAAACAAUCUUUCUACACUAGCUUUUUUCCAUUCCAAUAAAUACUACGUCCAAGCUAUCAACUAUCACAACUUCACUAUCCGUCUUGUCGAUGCCCAUAUACUACUGCACAAUAACCAUAAUUGCUCCUCCUUACCUCGUUACUCUUUUACCCAAUACAAUCUCAGCUUUCAUGAACACCCCCCCUAUACCAUUUCUAGAUACCCAAGGUACCCAGAGUCAGAGAACAGUAUAACGAAGCCUAUAAUUUUUUUAAGUUGUCCGAAUCCAUUGGAUUCUCCUCUCUACGUUGACUUAUCUCCUUGUAUGAAUAUUGGAGGAGGAGGAGGAGAACUCUUUGCUUCUUCCAACUCCUCUACAACUACAAGAAGGAUGCAUUCUUAUGCUUAUAUUGGGCACCUAAAAGCAUCAAGUGUGAUGGAAUUGUGCAGUAUUGACCUUAUUUUUAUGACAUCGUUGCCGGGGGUUAAUGAAGUUCACGGAAACCUUUCAUUUGCACAACUCCAGAGUGCCCUGCUUUAUGGAUUUGAGCUUUUCUGGUUUAUGGAUCAAUGUGGGAACUGCACUCGAAGGGAUUGCUACCUUGAUCAAGACAUGGAGCACUUAUAUUGCUCUACUCCCUAUUACUCUGGUAUUCGGUACAAGGUGCUUUACUGGACGAAAAUCGUGACCUAUCUGGCGGCACAUGUUAUUGGAUUAAACAUUGCAAUGAGAAUUUUAUGUGGAAUUCCAUUCGGACUGACGGUCUUCAUAAAAAAAUUGCGAAGAAGGCAUUUAUCAAUGUUCGAUGAUAUUGAGGAUUACUUACAAAAUCAGAAUAACCUCACUCCUAUUAGAUAUUCUUACUCCCAAAUUAAAAAGAUGACCAAUGAUUUCAAGGACAAAUUGGGUGAAGGUGGUUAUGGUACGGUGUAUGAAGGAAAGCUUAGAAGUGGCAGCCCUGUAGCAAUCAAAUUAUUGAGUAAGCCUAAAGCUAAUGGGCAGGAAUUCAUCAAUGAAGUGGCUACCAUUGGAAGAAUUCACCAUGUCAAUGUGGUCCAACUUGUUGGAUAUUGUGCCGAAAGGUCUAAGCGCGCGCUUGUGUAUGAUUUCAUGUCUAAUGGAUCUCUUGAGAAGUAUAUUUUUUCUAGAGAAGGAGAAACACCAUCCUUGAGUUAUGAGAAAAUGUUCAAAGUUUCUAUUGGAGUGGCACGUGGGAUUGAAUAUCUACAUCGGGGUUGUGACAUUCAAAUCUUACAUUUUGACAUCAAGCCUCACAACAUUCUCCUUGAUGAGAAUUUCACUCCAAAAGUUUCUGAUUUUGGGCUUGCAAAAUUGUACCCAACAAAAGAUAGCAUUGUGUCUCUGACUGCGGCAAGAGGAACAAUGGGUUACAUGGCUCCAGAAUUGUUCUAUAAAAGCAUCGGAGGUGUUUCAUACAAAGCUGAUGUGUAUAGUUUUGGAAUGUUGUUGCUGGAAAUGACGGGAAGAAGGAAGAAUUUGAAUGCAUUUGCCGAUCAUUCAAGCCAAGUUGACUUCCCUUCAUGGGUAUAUGACCAAAUUAUUGAAGGAAAGGACAUAGAAAUAGGAGAUGCCAAUGAAGAGGAAAGGAAGGUUGUAGAAAGGAUGAUAAUAGUGGGAUUGUGGUGCAUACAAAUGAAGCCUAGCGAUCGUCCUUCAAUGACCAAAGUUGUGGAGAUGCUGGAGGGAAAUGGUGAACUCAUGCAAAUGCCUCCCAAGCCCUUUCUUUAUCCAGAGGAGAUGCCUGAAGAUACUGGAAUCAAUACAGAGCAUUCAAUUCAAUUGGGUGAUUCUAUUGAUUCCAUCACCUUAGAUAUAAGUGCUUGACCUGUGGCUGAACCACAUGGAAAUAAAUGGGGCAGUUGCACCCCUAUUGAACUGUUUGUUAUUUUAAUACUAUAUGUUUGUUAUUUUAUAAUUGUGAACGUAUUGUCUUCGAACUUUUCAACCCUUAUAUAUAUAUAUAUAUAUAUAUAUAUA